UGAGGGUGGAUCACCGAGAGAUCUACGAAUCUCUUUUCGGACGCGGAACUGAAUAAAAGCCGGACCCGCCGGUGCAGUGGCCAAGUGUGGGGACAGCUCUCGAAGCGGCAACAACUCAACAUGAAACUCUUCAUCGCACUCUCCGUCCUGGUGGCUGUGGCAUCGGCCCUGCCUCAGUUUGGCGGCGGCAACGCCAACGCUAAUGCCAAUGCCAAUGCCAACGCUCAGGGCGGCGGCGGAUUUGGAGGACGUCCCGGUGGAUUCGGUGGCGGACCUGGAUUUGGAGGUAACCCUGGAUUCGGAGGGGGCCCUGGAUUCGGUGGUGGCCCUGGAUUCGGUGGUGGCGGAUUUAAUCGCGGCCCUGGCGGUUUCGGUGGCGGCGGCUUCGGUGGCGGCGGCUUCGGAGGUCGUCCACAUGGCGGAUUCGGCGGCGGCGGCGGUCCAGGAUUCGGACCCGGCGGCUUUGGAGGUCGUCCAGGAGGCGGUUUCGGCGGCGGUGGCGCCGGCGGCUCGUCCACUGCCUCGGCAUCCUCCUCGGCUUCGGCUUCUGGUGGUGGUGGACGAGGUGGCGGAUCCGCUACCGCAUCUUCUUCUGCCUCUGCUGCUUCAGGAGGCGCCGGAUUCCGCGUCACUCCGAUCAAGCAGAUCACCAUGAAGGUCUUCGUCGUUCUCGCCGUAAUCCUGGCCGUGUCCGCUGCCGCCCCGCCGUUCGGUGGUAGCGAAGCCAACGCCAAUGCCAACGCCAACGCUCAAUCUCAAGGUCAAGGUGGCUUCGGUGGUCAGCAGGGUGGCUUUGGAGGUGGUCCAGGAGGUGGCUUUGGAGGUGGUCCAGGCGGUGGCUUUGGAGGUCGUCCAGGAGGUGGUUUCGGGGGACCAGGCGGACCUGGAUUUGGAGGACCCGGAGGUCCCGGAGGACCAGGCGGUUUUAGAGGACAACAACAAGGUGGAUUCGGUGGACAGAACGGAUUCGGAAACCAAGGAGGUUUCGGCGGCGGUCCUGGAUUUGGAGGCGGUCCUGGAUUUGGGGGCGGAAACAGCGAAGCUAAUGCUAAUGCCAACGCCGUCGCCGAUGGAAACGGUUUUGGAGGUGGAAACGCUAAUGCCAAUGCUAACGCCAACGCCAGCUCUCGUGGAGGUGGUGCUAGUGCCAAUGCUAAUGCUAGUGCUAGCUCCAGCGCCUUUGGCAAAUAAGCCGCGACUACGAUUUUAAAUUAUUAAAUUUUUUAUUUUUUAUUAUGUUA